AAAAAUAUUAGCAAUAAUGUUGCAAGAUAUGGAUUUAAAAAAUGUCUUGAUAAAUCAUUUUUUUUGAUGGAGUUAUCAACAGCUAAAGGAAUAUUUGAAAGAGAAAAUUUAGCACCUGGUAUGCAUGCUAUAUUGACAAUUAAAUUUAAAACAAAUAAAGUUAAUAAUUUUAUUGAGGGUUUGAUACUUAAUGUUGAAAAUGGUAAAUCAAUAAUUAUUAAAUUAUUUGCAUUCAGAGAGCCACCACAGUUGACUGCUGAAAUUAUUAAAGAUAAUAUUGAAUUUCCAAUAAAUAAUCAUUUAUUCAAUCAAAAAGAUGAUGAAAAAUUAGAUUUGAAAUUGGAGAAAAAUGUUUCACGUGCUGACACGACAAUUUUUGAUGAACUGGAUUGUAAAAUGUGUUUUAUUGGUGAAGAAAUUCAUGUUAAAUUGCGAUUAAUUAAUUACGGUGGUCCUGGAAAUUUUCAGUUAAUCAGUGAAGAUGAUUGGUACUCCAAAGAAAAUAAUAUUUUUCGUUGAAGAUAUUCCCCUGGAGUCUAUUCUCCAGGACUCAAAUUUACUACUGGAGCCUUGUAAAACACCUCGAAGAAUUUCCAAAAACGCAAUGGAUAUUUUAACA